GUUUGAAGAUAUAGUUGAGUGUACGUGCGCACAAUUUUUAUGUUGAUUGAGAGAUAAGCUGUUUGACAUUUCACAUGGAUGCGCGCAUUGAAAGUGUACUUAAAUAUUCCAUUCCAAUAAUCUUCAGAUAGCUGCAGCGAAAUUUUUUUCAGUUGCGUUCAUUAUCUACAUAUUGAUUGACGAUAGCCAUCGGAUUUGUUGCAAAAAGGCAAAAAUGUUAAAUUUCAGUUCAAAUAAAGCUCUGUAUGUUGGGAUUGGUGCUGGUACAAUUGCCGCAGGUGCUGUUUCCUACCUCUACUAUCGAUAUUCAAAGCGAGAUGUUAUGCCCUCAAAAUGGCGUCGAGUAGGAACUCUGGAUCAAAUCAAUUUAUUCCCGGUAAAGUCUUGCGCUCCACUUGAAGAAUCCGAUAAAGAUGGCACAUGGUCUGCCGAAGUUUUGGGGCUGCGGUAUGGUGGGGUCGGGGAUCGGGCAUUGAUGUUGAUUAACGACCAAGAUGAAAUGAUAACAGCGCGUGUUUACCCAAAAAUGGUGCUAAUAAAAGUAAAACUGGUGGGAGAAUCGAAGAUAAGCAUAACGGCUGAAGGAAUGGAACCACUAGAGUUGGAUUUUACCAAGUUGGUCAGAGAAGCACCUGGUGCAGACGUCCAUACGUCAGUGUGGGGUGCAAAGUUAGAUGCAAUGUUGUGUGGUGAAAAGUACGACAGAUGGUUUUCGCGCUACAUUCUCAAUAAAGAUUCUGGUUUGCGCUUAGUCUACUAUCCUUACCAGGUGCCUGUGAGGCCAACAAUAGCUCAAAUGAAAAGAGAACCAUUUUUAAAACAAGAAGAUUCGGGUUCUUUCGGUGAUGCUACCUCAUAUAUGCUUAUGAAUUUGUCUUCCCUCGAUGAUCUACAAGAACGCGUAAAGAAACCCAUUGAUCCCCUCCAAUUUCGCGGUAACUUUUAUCUGCGCAUGGAUACAAAUGAGCCCUUUGCCGAAGACAAGUGGCAGUGGAUACGCAUAGGCGAAGAAGCUGUGUUCAGGGUCGUUGCACCCUGUACUCGCUGCAUUUUCCCCAACAUCAAUGUUGAAACUGGUGAGCGGGAUCCCAACGGGGACCCUUUGAAGACUUUGAAAAGUUUUCGAAUGUUUAAGAACUACGACAGUCCAGCAAUGGGUGUACAUUUAGGUCUCCGCCGUAUUGGUCAAAUAAAACCUAACGAUAUUAUCUACGUCGAGGAGUUACAGCCAUGAGUUAAGUCUACAGGAUGCUGAAAAUGAAGUGGGAAAUUCUGUUCAACUUUGAGAACUUUUAUUCGUACAGUUUAUAAACAUUUUACAUGAAAUUUUAUUAUCCUAAUUGAAUGUUCUUUUUGAAAGCUAUUCAAGCUUUGUUAUUACCUACAUACAUAUAAUACAAUCCUUAUUGUUUUGUCUUAACGAUGUAAAUUCUAUUGAAUGAGAUGUGAAAAUCAAUAACCAUAAUUGUUAAUAAAAUCAAGAUAUAAAAUGAUAA